UGAGGGUGACGUGAGGAGGAGAGAGCGGCGAGCCUCUGCCUCCCGCGGGUGCAGCCGGGCCAACGGUCCCCACAGCCCCGGAGCCUGACGUGCGGCGAAGCGCAGCGCCGAGCUCCUCGGCCGGCGGCCCCCUCACUCCCUCCCAGGCCGGGCCGCCCCCUGCGCGGCCCCCGCGGCUCCUGGCACGGCCCCGCGCACCGCUGCCGCCCUGGCGCGCUCCACUCUGUCGUCCCCGGACGGGCGCGGACCAGCUCGACCGGGGCGUCGGCGGCUGGGCAGAGGGCGCUGGCCCCGGGGUCGCGCCGGUGCGGCCACCAACCUGGGGCUGUCCGUGGAGGGCGAGUGCUGGUUCCGGGGCGAGGCGACGCCCUACGGGGCCAACGGGCCGCAGGCAGAUGUGGCCCUGGGAACGACUCACCCGUUUUCCAGCUCUGGGGCGGGGCUGGGGUCGGGGUCGGCGCCCAUGGGGGCCCAACCUCCGUCUCCUGGCCUACCCCCGUCGUGGGCCGCGAUGAUGGCGGCCCUGUACCCGAGCACGGACCUCUCGGGAGUCUCCUCCUCCUCCCUGCCUUCCUCCCCAUCCUCCUCGUCGCCCAACGAAGUGAUGGCGCUGAAGGAUGUGCGGGAGGUGAAGGAGGAGAACACCUUGAAUGAGAAGCUUUUCUUGCUGGCGUGCGACAAGGGUGACUAUUAUAUGGUUAAAAAGAUUUUGGAGGAAAACAGUUCAGGUGACUUGAACAUAAAUUGCGUAGAUGUGCUUGGGAGAAAUGCUGUUACCAUAACUAUUGAAAACGAAAGCUUGGAUAUACUGCAGCUGCUUUUGGACUACGGUUGUCAGUCCGCAGAUGCACUUUUGGUGGCCAUCGACUCUGAAGUAGUGGGAGCUGUCGAUAUACUACUUAAUCAUCGACCAAAACGAUCACCAAGACCAACUAUAGUAAAACUUAUGGAACGAAUUCAGAAUCCUGAAUAUUCAACGACAAUGGAUGUUGCCCCUGUCAUUUUAGCUGCUCAUCGUAACAACUAUGAAAUCCUUACCAUGCUUUUAAAACAGGACGUGUCUUUGCCCAAGCCCCAUGCAGUUGGCUGUGAAUGCACGCUGUGUUCUGCAAAAAACAAAAAGGACAGCCUCAGACAUUCCAGGUUUCGUCUUGAUAUCUAUAGAUGUCUAGCCAGCCCAGCUCUAAUAAUGUUAACAGAGGAGGAUCCAAUCCUGAGAGCAUUUGAACUUAGUGCUGACUUAAAAGAACUCAGCCUUGUGGAGGUGGAAUUCAGGAAUGAUUAUGAAGAGCUAGCCCGUCAGUGCAAAAUGUUUGCUAAAGAUUUGCUUGCACAAGCCCGGAAUUCACGUGAACUGGAAGUUAUACUAAACCAUACAUCUAGUGAUGAGCCUCUUGACAAACGGGGACUACUAGAAGAAAGAAUGAAUUUAAGUCGUCUAAAACUUGCUAUCAAAUAUAACCAAAAGGAGUUUGUCUCUCAGUCAAAUUGCCAGCAGUUCCUGAACACCGUUUGGUUUGGACAGAUGUCAGGUUACCGCCGUAAGCCCACCUGUAAGAAGAUAAUGACUGUUUUGACAGUUGGCAUCUUCUGGCCAGUUUUGUCUCUAUGUUAUUUGAUAGCUCCCAAAUCUCAAUUUGGCAGAAUCAUUCACACACCUUUUAUGAAAUUUAUUAUUCAUGGAGCAUCAUAUUUCACAUUCUUGCUGUUACUAAAUCUGUACUCACUAGUCUACAAUGAAGACAAGAAAAAUACAAUGGGGCCAGCCCUUGAGAGAAUAGACUACCUUCUCAUACUGUGGAUUAUUGGGAUGAUCUGGUCGGACAUUAAGAGACUCUGGUAUGAAGGGCUGGAAGACUUUUUAGAAGAGUCACGUAAUCAGCUCAGCUUUGUCAUGAAUUCCCUCUACUUGGCAACCUUUGCCCUCAAAGUGGUGGCUCACAACAAGUUUCAUGACUUUGCUGACCGGAAGGACUGGGAUGCAUUCCACCCUACACUUGUAGCAGAAGGGCUUUUUGCAUUUGCAAACGUUUUGAGUUACCUUCGGCUCUUUUUUAUGUAUACAACCAGCUCGAUUUUGGGUCCACUGCAGAUUUCGAUGGGACAGAUGUUACAAGAUUUUGGGAAAUUUCUGGGGAUGUUCCUUCUUGUUCUAUUUUCCUUCACAAUUGGACUGACACAACUGUAUGACAAGGGGUACACUCCCAAAGAGCAGAAGGACUGUGUCGGCAUCUUCUGUGAACAACAAAGCAACGACACCUUUCACUCGUUCAUUGGCACCUGCUUUGCUUUGUUCUGGUACAUUUUCUCCUUAGCACACGUGGCCAUCUUUGUCACAAGGUUUAGCUAUGGAGAAGAACUGCAGUCUUUCGUUGGAGCUGUGAUUGUUGGAACUUACAAUGUUGUGGUUGUGAUCGUGCUUACGAAGCUGCUGGUAGCCAUGCUUCAUAAGAGCUUUCAGUUGAUAGCAAAUCAUGAGGAUAAAGAAUGGAAGUUUGCUCGAGCAAAGCUAUGGCUUAGCUACUUUGAUGACAAAUGUACACUGCCCCCACCUUUCAACAUUAUUCCUUCACCAAAGACUAUCUGCUAUAUGAUCAGUAGCCUCAGUAAGUGGGUUUGCUCUCACACAUCGAAAGGCAAGGUCAAGCGGCAAAACAGUUUAAAGGAGUGGAGAAACUUGAAGCAAAAGAGAGACGAGAACUACCAGAAAGUGAUGUGCUGCCUAGUGCAUCGUUACCUGACAUCUAUGCGACAGAAGAUGCAGAGCACAGACCAGGCCACUGUGGAGAAUCUCAAUGAACUGCGCCAAGAUCUGUCAAAAUUCCGAAAUGAAAUAAGGGAUUUGCUUGGCUUUCGGACUUCUAAAUAUGCUAUGUUUUAUCCAAGAAAUUAAUCAUUUUCUAAUAACAAAUCUGAAAGACUGUAUUUGCAUACCUUACAACUAAACUAAUAAGAUAUAUAUGGACCUAAACAAUUACACAAAAGCCAUUCUUUAAAUAUUUAUAGCAUAAAUAUAUGUCAUGUAAAAUAUGUAUAUAGAGUUAGUUUUUUAAAACCUGCCUAUGGCUUUUUGUAGAAGCAAAACACAAUAAGUAAAUGGUUUUGUUAGCAUGCUCUUGGAUUUUCUUAGUUUGUCAGUGCUUAAAAUUUGUAAUGUUUGAGGGGCAGCUAUCAGUGUACACAUUGCCCACUCCCUUUUAUAAAAUGAAUAUCAGCAAAUGCAGCUACCUUAAGAGACACUUGAAAUGUAGAGUUCACAAUGUUUAAAAUCUCCUGCUUUAGGAGUUCACACAGAGUUCAGUAUUUAUUAAGAGUAUAGUUUUGUCUAAAAUACCACAUUUUUUCUUUCGCUAUAAUGUUAAGCAACAAAGAAAAGUCUCUAAUGAAUAUCUGAAUUUAAGUCAGGCAUGGUGGCACACACCUUUAAUCCCAGCACUCAGAAGGCAGAAGCAGGCAGAUCUUGGAGUUCAAGGCCAGCUUGGUCUACAGAGUGAGUUCCAGGACAACUGGGGCUAUACAGAAAAAUCCUGUCUCAAAAAACAAACAAAAUUAAUUUAUUUAGUUCAAUCAAUCUAAAUUCACCUUCUUUUUAUUGUUUUGUUGUAUUUUACUUUUACAUGGUUACAAUAAUUUUAUAUUUUUAAUUUUGUUUCUUGACUUAACAUUUUAUACAUAGUUCUCUGUAUUGAGAUAGUUCAUAUAUUUAAAUAUUUAUAGAAUUCUGUGAUUUUUGAAAAAAAAAGAGUAGACAUCUUUUAGCCAUAGAAUAUUUGUUCAUAUUUAUGCAUUUGCAAAGUUACUUCUCUAGGCAUUUGGUUAGUUUUAACUUUUCCUUCAAACUUUUCAGGCUUGAGUAAGUUGCAAAGUAUAAGCUGCUUGUCUUCAUGUGUGGUCACAAUGGGUAGGACUGGAGAGCAUCUGGGCCUUGAAAAAAGCUGCUUCAAGUUCAGAUGAAGGUUCUUGAGCUCUCUUCUGAAGUGUUGACCACAGAUUUAACACAGCUUUUAGAAAAGUGACUUCAUGCUUGCUGCUUGAGCUGUAAAGUAUUGUUUUUUCAAUUUGAAAAUAAAAAGUGUAUCUGACCUCUUUCGGUGUUCAUAUGAGGGUGUGGCUGAAGGUCUCCCCAGCUGUUGCACAGACACUCCUGCAGCAUGGCCAGUGAGGAAUGCGCCUUUGUUUUCUUAGCUGAGUGGCAGCUGGUGUUGAGGGUGCACAGGGUGCAUGCAGUCCUUGGCCUACCCAGGGGGCGUCUGAGUAAUCUAGUGUUCGGUUUCAUGUUGCUUUACAUGUUUUUAAUGUUCAGGUUUAAGUGUUCCCUCUUUGGGGCAAAUUCUUAUAAAAAUGUUUAUUGUAAAAUUAUAUAUUUUGUCUACAAUGGAAUUAUGCACUUCCCUAUUGGGAUUUUAUAUCAGGAUUUUUAGUCAUUCUAAAAAAUACCUAAUUAUUAAAAAAAUUUAUAGAGUGCCUACUGUGUGCAUGAAUUACUGAUGAGGUAUAUUUUGAAUGACAGCAUAUUGUAAGAAAA